UUCAAAAUCUGGAAGGAACGAGUUCUUCUCCACCUAGCUUGCACUGACAUGGAUUAUGCAAUAAGAAAAGAUGAACCAGCUGCUAUCACUGAUACUAGCACUGCUGCUGAGAUUGCACUACGUGAAAAGUGGGAGCAAUCUAAUCGUCUUUGCAUCAUGUUCAUUAUGUCCAGAAUUCCUAUGGGAAUGCGUGGAUCGGUGGAGCCACCUGAGAAGGUGAAAGACUUUAUCAAAGUUAUGGAUGAGCAGUUUGACACUUCAGAUAAAUCUUUGUUCAUCAACCUCAUCCAAGAGUUCUCGUCUACAAAACUCACCGGUGUUAAAGGAGUUCGAGAACAUAUUUCUAAAAUGAGGGACAUCACUGCUCAUUUGAAGAAACUCGACGUUAUCAUUCCUGAUACCUUCCUGGUUCAUUACAUCCUUCACAAUCUUCCUCCACAAUAUGGGCCUUUCAAAAUUUCCUACAACACACAUAAAGAAAAAUGGACUAUCAAUGAAUUGAUGACCAUGUGUGUUCAAGAGGAAGCCAUGCUCCUACAGGAGCAAGGAGAAAGUGUUCACCUGACCACUCAACCUAAGAAACGCAAGCCAUUCAAGAAGAACAAAGGGAAAAAGCCCAUGGCUCCCAAGGCUGCCAUAAAGAAAGAUUCCAUCAAAUGUUUCUUUUGUAAACAAAAGGGACAUGCUAAAAGGGAGUGCAGCCAGUUCAAGAAAUGGAUGGAUGACAAAGGAUAUUCAAAAUCUAAGGAAGCCAGUGGCAAGUGAGCAAAGCAUCUUAUCUGGAAACAAGAUGGGCUCACAUGUGGAAGCUAUUGGAACAUGCAAUUUAGUUUUAAGUAAUGGUUUUAUUUUAAAGUUAGAAAAGACCUUUUAUGUACCAAGUUUCUCUAGAAACUUGAUUUCAGUUUCAAGACUUAUACCCUUUGGUUUUUCCUUUACAUUUUCAGACAAAUAUUUUAAUUUAUAUUAUAAAUCUGAAUGUGUUGGAAAUGGUAUUUUGUCUGAUGGUCUUUACUGCCUUAAUUUACAAAAUAAUACCACUAAUAAUGUUAUGCAUGUUCACGCUGGCACUAAAAGAUGUGUUAUGAAAGAGGAUUCCUGUACAUUGUGGCACCGGAGAUUGGGACAUAUCUCCAUUGAUAGAAUUAAAAGGUUGGUAAAAGAUGGGGUACUCAAUACCUUAGAUUUUACUGACUUUGAUACU